CCGCCCCUCUGCCACAGCUGCCAUUUUGGUUUUGUUCCGUUGGCUGAAACAAAACCAGAAACGCGAUACAGACAGGGUGCAGACCGGACGACAGUGACUCGGCAGGAUAGUGACAGGUACUCGCAGCAUCUCGCCCAGCGCUGUUCGUGCUGUUGUCGUUUCCUUCUCAUCUAAAUCAGCCUGAAAUCCGCACCAUCUAAGUUAGUUUCACACGAGGAGCGGUUUGCUGACACUGAGCGUGGACUGAGAAGGAUUAUUGAUGUCCAGCUCGCCGCUGUCCAAGAAGCGUCGCGUGUCAGGAUCAGAGACGAAGACGGGAUCCCACUGCUCCUCCUCUAACUCUGUCAGAACCGAACUGUCUCACACACCAGCUAACGGCAUGGCUAAGAAUGGAAAUGAUGCGGAGAUUGACGAGGGCCUGUAUUCCCGACAGCUGUACGUACUGGGCCAUGAAGCUAUGAAGCGCAUGCAGAACUCCAAUGUUCUGAUCUCAGGGCUGCGAGGAUUGGGUGUAGAGAUUGCAAAGAAUGUAAUUCUGGGCGGGGUCAAGACUGUGACCGUCCACGAUCAGGGCGUGGCUGAGUGGAGAGACCUUUCUUCACAGUUUUACUUGCGUGAGGAAGAUCUUGGGAAGAACCGUGCAGAGGCCAGCCAGAGUCGACUAGCAGAACUGAACAGCUAUGUACCUGUAACCGCCUACACUGGCAACCUCACCAAUGACUACUUGACCCAGUUUCAGGUUGUGGUGCUUACCAGCUGCAGUCUUGAAGAGCAGAUGCGCAUCGGGGAGUUCUGCCACAGUAACAACAUCAAGUUAAUAGUGGCAGACACACGUGGGCUGUUUGGGCAACUCUUUUGUGAUUUUGGAGAGGAAAUGAUUGUGCUGGACACCAAUGGAGAGCAGCCUCUGAGUGCCAUGAUCUCAAUGAUCACAAAGGACAGUGCUGGUGUGGUCACAUGUCUGGAUGAAGCACGGCAUGGGUUCGAGAGUGGGGACCAUGUGACAUUCACUGAAGUGCAGGGCAUGACGGAGCUAAACAACCAUGCUCCAAUUGAGAUCAAAACACUGGGUCCUUACACCUUCAGCAUCUGUGACACAAGCUCCUUCUCAGACUAUGUGAGAGGCGGUAUUGUCACACAGGUCAAGAUGCCCAAGAAGUUUCCAUUUAAAUCCCUUCCCUCUUCCUUGGCUGAUCCGGAGUUUCUGAUGACUGAUUUUGCCAAAUUCGAUCGUCCAGGCCAACUGCAUUUGGGCUUUCAGGCAUUACAUGCGUUUGAGAAGAAACACGGACGUCAACCAAAGCCCUGGAAUCAGGCUGAUGCGGACGAGCUUGUGACUCUGGCCGAGGAGGUGAAUACUGCACAGACCGGAUCUGCCAAGCAGGAGCAAUUAGACCAGGCAGUUAUCAAAAAGCUGGCCUGUGUGGCUGCUGGAGACCUGGCACCUGUCAAUGCUUUCAUUGGUGGGCUCGCUGCCCAGGAAGUUAUGAAGGCUUGCACUGGGAAGUUUAUGCCCAUCAAUCAGUGGCUGUAUUUUGAUGCGUUGGAGUGUUUACCUGAAGCUGAAGAAGCUCCUCUUACAGAGGAAGAGUGUGCACCUAGGAACUGCCGGUAUGAUGGUCAGAUUGCUGUCUUUGGUUCCAAGGUCCAAGAGUUGUUAGCCAAACAGCGAUACUUUCUGGUCGGUGCUGGUGCCAUUGGCUGUGAGCUGCUAAAAAACUUUGCUAUGAUGGGCCUUGCAAGUGGUGGUGGGGAGGUGAUAGUGACAGACAUGGACACCAUAGAGAAGUCAAACCUCAAUCGUCAGUUUCUCUUCAGGCCAUGGGAUGUCUCAAAGAUGAAGAGCGAUACGGCCGCUGCAGCCGUGAAGCAGAUGAACCCGUCAGUCCGUGUCACAAGCCAUCAGAACCGUGUAGGACCUGACACAGAGAAGGUCUAUGAUGAUGACUUCUUCGAUAACCUAGACGGAGUGGCAAACGCUCUUGACAACGUCGAUGCCCGUAUGUAUAUGGACCGGAGAUGCGUGUACUACCGUAAGCCAUUGCUGGAGUCUGGCACUUUAGGCACUAAGGGGAAUGUACAGGUGGUCAUUCCCUUCCUCACAGAGUCAUACAGCUCCAGUCAGGAUCCUCCGGAGAAAUCUAUUCCCAUCUGCACUCUCAAAAACUUCCCUAAUGCGAUUGAGCACACCCUUCAGUGGGCGCGUGAUGAGUUCGAGGGACUUUUUAAACAGCCUGCUGAAAACGCCCAGCAGUAUCUGUCAGACCCGAAAUUUAUGGAGCGCACUCUGAAACUGCCUGGAGCUCAGCCUCUGGAGGUACUGGAGGCCGUGUAUAAAAGCCUGGUGACAGAUAAGCCACGAAACUGGGAGGACUGCGUGGCCUGGGCCCGCAACCACUGGCAGUGUCAAUAUAACAACAACAUCCGUCAGCUACUGCACAACUUCCCCCCAGAACAGCUUACUAGCUCUGGGGCACCAUUCUGGUCUGGUCCAAAAAGAUGUCCUCAUGCUUUAGAGUUCAGCACUGACAAUGAUCUUCACAUGGACUACGUUUUGGCGGCGGCUAACUUGUAUGCAAAGUCGUAUGGCAUGGAAGGCUCCACAGACCGGGUAGCUCUGGCCAAGCUGCUGCAGCAAAUCAAAGUGCCUGAAUUCACCCCAAGGUCAGGAGUCAAAAUCCACGUUUCCGAUCAGGAGCUGCAGAGUGCCCAUGCAUCUGUUGAUGACUCCAGACUUGAAGAACUAAAGACAAUAUUGCCUUCCCCUGAAAAGACUUCUCAGUUCAAACUCUGUGCCAUUGAAUUUGAAAAGGACGAUGACACAAACUUCCACAUGGACUUCAUUGUAGCGGCUUCCAAUCUGAGAGCGGAGAACUACGACAUUCCUCCUGCAGAUAAACACAAGAGUAAACUCAUUGCUGGAAAAAUCAUUCCAGCCAUCGCCACGACAACAGCCGCCGUUGUGGGUCUCGUCUGUCUAGAGCUGCUGAAAAUCGUUCAGGGCCACAAGAAGGUUGAAUCGUACAAGAAUGGCUUCAUGAACCUUGCUCUGCCUUUCUUCGCUUUCUCUGAGCCCAUAGCUGCCCCUAAGCACAAGUACUAUGACAUUGAUUGGACACUUUGGGACCGUUUCGAAGUGAAAGGAAUACAAUCCAAUGGAGAAGAAAUGACACUGCGACAGUUCUUGGAUUAUUUCAAGAAUGAACACAAACUGGAGAUCACUAUGCUAUCUCAGGGAGUUUCCAUGCUCUACUCGUUCUUCAUGCCUGCAGCGAAGCUGAAAGAAAGGCUGGAGCUGCCGAUGACUGAGAUCGUGACCAAGGUGUCCAAGAAGAAACUGGGAAAGCAUGUUAAAGCACUAGUUUUUGAGCUCUGCUGCAAUGACGACACAGAAGAGGAUGUAGAGGUGCCCUAUGUCAGAUACACUAUUCGCUGAUAAGGUUCUUGGGGACGGGAGGGACAGGCUGGAGGAGCGAGAGGGGGCUCACUGGGAAUGCAAAGCAUCUGUAUGUUUGGAGAACCCAAAGAAAAAUCAACAGAGGGGUGAUGGUAUUUUUUUAAUCAGUUACUGGAUAAUACAAGUAUUAUAUUUCGAACACCCCUCUUUCCUAUUGGUUGAGCGCUCUAGGGUCUGGUUCAAUCUUAGGCUGGAUAACUUUAGAAAUAAACAAUAAAUAUUGAUGGGGAGCAUGUGAACUUUUUUGACUAACUUAUUUAAACUGGUCAUUCUAACCACACGGCUUCAGUGAAUGAAUAUGAAUAUAUCUGUAAACUGAUUAUCAGUCAUCUUUUACACACUUCCUGCCCUCAUGAUACACUUUGUGGGCACCAUCUUGCUUUGUUUUCGAACACAUUGAAUAAAAUAUUGACAGAUACAUACAGUAAACGUACAGUUCAUUGCUUUUUUUCCCAAAUACUGCCUUGGCUUGAUGUCACCUGCUGAUGGGUUUUGUUCAAAUUAAAACCUUUUCAUGGCCAAGGUCUUAAAGCGAGUUGGUCUGUUUAUUGAACUCCUCCUCUCCCAGUGGGGAUAUCCCUUUGCCUCUCUGGUGUCUGUUUGGGUUGAGGUUCAGGAACUUGCACAUAGUUUUUUUUAUUUUAUUUUUUAUGUUUUGGCAGACUUCUGGUGUUCACCUUGUAGAACAUACAUACACUCUGUAUUCUUUCUACUUUGUUAAACUCCGAAAAAAAAAACAUUACAGUAAAAGUGAUUUUAUUCUGUAAUGGGAGCACUUAGUGUGUUAGUGAAUAAAGUUGAAAACGUU